UACAACUCAAAAUUCCCCUCUAUCUCAUUAUCUAUGUAUAAAUAAACCAUUUCCCUUUUAAACCCUAGAAACUCUAUACAAACAUAUACUUAUUAUAAUAUAUAUCAUCAGCCACCAUCUACAUUUUUUUGGUCUGCAACUAUGGUGAAGAUUUUGAGCAGCCUUUUCUUGACGAGGAGAGCAUACUCCGUCACAGCGGAGAAUGUAAGAGUCGGGCUGAUGGCACCGGCCAUUAGAAAGGCGGCGACGGUAGAGGCCGAGGGCAACACGGUGGCUAAAGAAGCAUUUUGGAUGAGAGAUCCCAACACAGGAAACUGGAUACCUGAGAAUCACUUCGGAGAAGUUGAUGUUGCAGAACUCAGAUCCAAGCUCCUCUCCAAGAAGACCACUUCCUCAUCACCCUCUAACUGAAUAAUUGUCGAUAUAUAAUACUUAUAUGGAUGAAUUAUCAUUUUCUGUCUCCAAUCAUCACUAUCAUAAAAGAUGCACUUACUAUU